ACACGCAUUUAGUGCGUUGUCAUUGUCAAGGUUGGCACUAGGUCGAUUACAUAACAUAACCUCAUUUCUCCCAUAAAAUGCUCCUAAAAUAUGUUUACUAGAAAAUCCACAUUGGUGAAAAAGACAGGCCCGGACCGCGUGGGUCGUUACGAAUUUCUCAAGCAGUUAAUCGUUGAAUUUGGGACAACAAAAUCCCUCGAAGCGAAGAAGCAGGUUUUGGCAAAUUUGGCCAAUUUUUCGUACGAUCCCGUCAAUUUCGAGUUUCUGAAGCAGCUACACGCCAUUGAUUUAUUCCUUGCGCAACUUUCUGAAGACAACGAGGAUUUGUUACAUUUUGGUAUCUCAGCAUUGUGCAACCUAAGUCCAGACGACGAAAGCAAGGAUUACAUCAUCAAACUCAACGGAAUUAAACUCAUUUCGGACAGAUUGCUCCACAAAAACGACCAAAUCGCACUGAAUGCUAUUACAACCCUGUAUUAUCUUAUUAUUCCCUCAAACAAACAUUUAGUGACUCCGGAGAUAUUAGACAAGAUCCGGCUCUACGAAUCCCACCCGGAUUCUCGCUACAAAAACCUAGGAACAAUGUUUAUGGAGGAAACGAGAAAUGAUUAGGAUUCGCACUUUUCCACCAAAGCCACAUUCCUCAAAAGGGUGACCAAAACCGAUUUGGAGAAAUUUACAGAUUUGAGUGGCGACACGAACCCAAUUCACUCCACAAAUGGGCCACAGAGGGCGAUAGUACACGGCGCGUUACUCAAUUGUUACGUUUCUAAAGUCAUAGGGACGCAAUUACCUGGACCGGGCUCUGUCGUAAUAGCCCAAACUUUGAAUUUUCCGAACAAAUGUUACGAGGGAGACGAGGUAAAAAUCACCGUAGAAGUGGCGGAAAAUCGGAAAAUUACCACAGUUAAAUUCACCUGUGAAGUACCCGAAAGGGGAGUGGUACUUUAUGGAGACGCCAAACUAAUUCCCCCGAAAAAUAAAUAA